GAUGGCAGGGAUCCUCGCCUGGUUCUGGAACGAGCGGUUCUGGCUGCCACACAACGUCACCUGGGCGGACCUGCAGAGCACGGAGGAAGCAGCCUUCCCGCAGGCGGAGGACCUCUACCUCGCCUUCCCCCUGGCCUUCUGCAUCUUCAUGAUCCGGCUGCUCUUCGAAAGGUUCAUUGCUAAACCAUGUGCCUUAGGCCUUAAAGUCCAAGCCAAUGGACCACAGAAAGCUCAACCUAAUGCUAUCUUGGAGAAGGUUUUCACAGCUAUUACAAAGCAUCCAGAUGAGAAGAGGCUGGAAGGCCUCUCCAAGCAGCUGGACUGGGAUGUACGCAGCAUUCAACGUUGGUUUCGACAAAGACGCAACCAGGAAAAACCCAGCACCCUUAGGAAGUUCUGUGAGAGCAUGUGGAGAUUUACAUUUUACCUUUAUAUAUUUACCUAUGGAGUACGGUUCCUGAAAAAGACACCCUGGCUCUGGAAUACCAGGCAGUGCUGGAGCGGGUAUCCAUAUCAGCCCCUGAUGCCCGACCUUCAUUACUACUACAUAGUUGAAUUGUCAUUCUACUGGUCCUUAAUGUUUUCUCAAUUCAUUGACGUCAAAAGAAAGGACUUUGGAAUCAUGUUUACACAUCACAUUGUAACAGUCACCCUGAUUACCUUCUCAUAUGUAACCAAUUUGACACGAGUGGGAACCUUGAUCUUAUGUCUCCACGAUGCGGCUGAUAUUGUCCUAGAGGCUGCCAAAAUGGCAAACUAUUGCAAGUGUCAAAAACUGAGUGACCUUCUGUUCCUUACAUUUGCUGUUGUCUUCAUUGUCAGUAGGCUUGGCAUAUAUCCCUUAUGGAUAUUAAAUACAACAUUGUUUGAACUAUAUGAAGCUCUGGGCAAUUUUCCUGCCUUGUGGGUCUUCAAUGUGCUGCUUAUAGUUCUUCAAAUUCUGCACUGUUUUUGGUCAUACCUAAUCAUAAAGGCAGCCUACAAAGCUAUUUCAAAGGGCAAGGCUGGGAAGUGGAACCCCUUGCAAGUAGCAAAGGAUGCCCGAAGUGAUGUUGAGUCAAGCUCAGAUGAGGAAGAAACAGUACCUCGCUCAAAGGCCCCGCACAGCACUGUCGCCACGAAUGGGACCAGCGGUGCCAAUGGGACAAACGGGUAUCUUACUGGUGCCACUUCCUCAGAGGAGCAUUAAUCCUUCACUUCAGUCAUGAGACAUGAACAGAAUGAACUGUUUGCUACUGGAAGUAAAUUAUAAGUUGUGAAUACAGUUUAUUCAUGUAUUUCAGCAUCAGAAAAAAUUAGGAGUAUCAAAGCAUUCUGAUAGCGCACUGCCAUAUUUCCUGUUUGUGAAUGAAGACAGCACACCACUCUGUAUACGUAGGCAUGCUGUAUGUGUAUGUAACUGACACAAUGGGAGCAGUAUUUUCACUUGUAUUGUCUGAAAUAUUAUUUAUUUUUUAUUCUUUUGGGAACUUCUGGACAAAAGGGAAUAUCCAUUCUCAAAGUUUGUGUCUUGGAUUCUCGGUAAUGGGGAGAGCAUUAUGCUCAUAUCUCUUCUGUCCAUUCCUUUUGGUUUUGCUGAAUCUGCUAUAAGUAAUAGUUGCUUGAUUUGUUACUUACAGUAAGAUAGAAUAUAGCUUUAUAGAUUUUAGAUCUGCUUCAGAUAUUUUUGCUAUCUUUGUCUUUUAAAGUACUGGUUUUGAAAUCAAAUCACAGUUACUGUUCUUCCAACAAUUUGGGAAAAAAUGUGGUAAUUGUGGGAUAUUAUUUUACGUAAUUUAAAAUUCAAUUUGGUGGUUAAUCGCAUUAGAAGUAGACUUGAUUUGUUGUGCAAAUACCCAAAAGCAUUGUUGUCAGCACUUAGGAUAAAUCCAUUAUUACUUUUUUUUGGCCUUUCAAUUUUUGACCUUAACAGAUUUUAGCUUUUUGCAGAGAUUCCAUGUUUCUUCAAAUGCACCAUUCUGAAUCCAGACUUAUCUCCUGAAAUUGUUCUUGCAUGUUCACUCGAUUGAGAGCAGGGAUGUAAUGGAAAAAACAGCAGAUUAAAAGUUCAUUUCUUCCUCAGACUCAGCUCAGUCUAGGUAUUGUUCUUAAAAUUAUUGCCACUUCCUUGGCAGGGUAAAGAGAGAGAAGGCAGAAUAUCAUACAUUACUAAAAUUAGUUUAUUUCAUGUGUGUGAGAACUUGAGCAAAAUUCACUUAUUAUAAUUCCUUUGAAUGCUCAGCAGUAUUUCAUCACCUCUACAAAUAAAAUUAGGGGGUGUCUGUAAAAUAAUUUUGCAUUCCUUUUUCAUCCAAGAUUUACAAAUAGUGUCCCAAAGAAGACAUAAUAACACCCUAAGUAAACAUAUUUUUAAACAUUUUAUACAUCCUUCUUCCAGUCUCUAGAUCAAAGUUUGAUGUAGGAUGCUAAGAAUCAUACAGCUCUUGCUGGACACUCUUCUGUGAUUUGUGACAGCAGUGCCAAAAGUAGGCAGGGCUCUUGGGUAACAGACUCUAUGCAACCUGCUGUUCAACAGUAUUGUGUGUGCACACAGAACCAAUGUGCUUAUAGACCAAAGAUUUACAUACACACACUCACUCACACACACACAUAUAUAUAUAAAAUUUAAAAAAUAAAAGGAAGAAAAAAUAAACAGGGGAAAAAAAAUCUCAAGCAUAUCUUCUACCUACAAAGGGACAAAGGGAUUGGAGUGCUGUGUUCAGCUGGAAACCUGAGCCAUGGGGUAAUUUCUGAUUCCUUUCACUAUGCAAAUAGUAAAAUAUAGAUGGUUUCUGAUGCCAUAAAACAUGUUCAAAGACUCUAUUUUAUAUAGACUUCAUUGAAGAAAGUUGUGUUGUCACUUCUUUCUUUUGAAAACUGAGAUUUGUCCCAUUCUACUGGUCACUAUUGAAAACUUCUAAAACUUUUUUUAUCCAUAGAAACCUCUUGUGUGUUAGGAAAAAGGAGGUGUGCUAAAAGCAAGGUUGAAAUGGCAUGAAUGGAAAUAGUACCUCAACUUAGUAAAGAAUAAAGGUAAGAAAACUCAGAAAUUGUAAAUCACAAAAGAUCUGUCAGUUCUGCUACCCACAGAGCAUCUUUUGAAAAAGCCAGAUAACCUUGUAAUCCAGCAGCUGCAUAGCUUAUAUGUCCAUGAGUAUAUCUGGGGGAGCAAGGGAGCCUUACUUAAAUCUUCUUCUCCCCAGAAAGUUUUUCUGCCUCUGAUUUUUUUUCAUCUGUCUCCCAUGCAUUUGAUUUCAUAUCAGUUUCCUGCAGGACAGGUUAUACAUGUGAAACUAUGCUGAUUGCAAUAUAAAGUAUCCUAUCUAUGGUGUUUGCAGCUGUGUAGUAAUUACUGCAAAGAUGAUGCCAAGAUUUUAAAAUAAAACCAUCCUGGGGUCAAUUAAAUUAAGAUUAUACUUUAUGAAAUCUGACCUGCUAAAAUAGAAAUGGAGAAUAUAAAUUUAAACACACCUCUUUCAUGGUGUUGGUUACCACCUCCAUUGAACCAUUUCCCUUCUGCAAAGAUGGUUACACAAAUGGCAUUCUGGCAAAAUAUUUUGUCUUACAUGAGAACAGAAUGUUGCUCUGAACUGUCAACAUGCACAACAUAGACCACAUGCUGCAAUGUUGGUAAUACCAGGGCAUAAAGCAGUCCCCAGCAACAAUCCUGGUGCCAGAGGUCUUUAGUCCCUGUUGGUCCUCUUUAGCAAUGUUCUGUAAUGUUCAUUCAGAUGUAGAGUCAAGGCUACAACCCUUGAGAUGAUUUACCAUCACUACAUAUGCUGUUAGGGUAUCACAGAAUCAUGGAAUGUUAAGGGUUUGAGGGGACCUUGCAGAUCAUCUAGUCCCAACUCCCUGCCAUGAGCAGGGACACUUCACAGUAGACCAGGUUGCUCAAGACCUUGAACACUGCCAAGACUGGGGCAUCCACGGCUUCCCUGGGCAAGUUGUUCAGUAUUUUACCACCCCUGAAGUAAAGAAUUUCUUUCUAAAGCUAACCUAAACUUUUCUCCUUUUUGCUCCAAUCCUCUUACCAACUUCAUGGCCCUUCUCUGGACAUGCUCCAACAGUUAUAUGUCCUUCUUAUGUUGGGGACACCAGAGCUGGCUGCAGUACUCUGGAUGGAGUCUCACGAGAGCAGAGGGACAGAAUCCCCUCCCCUGCCCUGCUGCCCACACUCCUGUGGAUGCAGCCCAGGAUACUUUUGGCUUUCUGGGCUGCGAGUGCACACUGAUGGCUCAUGUUGAGUUUUUCACCAACCAUCACUCCCAAGUCUCUCCACAGGGUUGCUCUCAGCCACGUCUCCACCAAGGAGUGCCUGGGAUUGCCACAGCCCAGGAGUAGGACUUUGCACCUGGCUUGCUUGAGCUUCAUGAGGUUUCCUUCAUUCUCUCUCUCAAGCCUAUCAGGGUCCCUUGUUCCCCACUGUUAAAUGGUGCAUCUGGGAUUGAAACUCUUCCUUUGAGGUUUAAAUUCAGUUACAUCUGUGUGAUAUGCUAAAGCAUGGAUGCAGUUACCUUGGUUCAGCUAAAACCCAGUGACAUGCUUAUCCCCUAUAAUCCUGGCUUUUUGGAGUCUGUUCUUAGCAGUCUAGGAUAAACUUCAUACAGGUAUGUCUGGAAAGUGAGGUAAGACACAAAUGAUAAAUUUGGGGAAACAGGAUAAGAGGAAGCCUUAAGAACUUUCCCAACCUUUGCUAAACAAUGACUGAUCUUUCAAGCUAGAGGUUUAUUAUAAAAAUUACAAAUUCACACUUUUUUUUUGUCUCUAGGAGGAAGGACCAAGUGAUUAGACAUGGCAGUGUGCUUUAAUUCAUCGUUUCAACUAAUGGGUGUGAAAACUUUGGCUUUAUCUUCCACUCUGCAGAGAAAAUGCCAUGCAAUUGUUUCCUUUUUCAUUUGAAUUUGAUUGCUUUUCUGGUUAAGAGCUUUGCAAGGUGCAUUUGGAGGUCAUUGAGUAUUUAGAGGCUAAUUGCACAUAUUUUAGAAGAUUGACUGAAAUUAUUCUCAUGGUUCAUGGUAAAUGUGAGGCUUUAAAAGGUUCUGUAUAUUCACACCUUUUGUAGAAUUGUAAUUUAGUAAUUCUAGAAAUGAGAGUUUGUAUAACCUCUCUGUCUUUGAGUUCUAUGCUCCUUGUUUAUAGUACAGUACAUGACACAGUGGUUGAGAUGUCAGAGUAGAAAACUGAGGAAAUUAGAGUUUAUUAGUAAAUAGUAAGAAUUUGUCUUCUCUCCUAGACAGCCCAGAUUACAGUAAAACAAGAUUCAGGUUACCCUUUGUGUACUGUUCCCAUAUUGGCAUAUUUUGUAUCAAAAGAAAAAUACAUGGUGGGUUUAUGGUUUUGUUUGGUGGUUUUUCAUAAAGAAGAACAUUGCAGAGAAUGGUAAAAAUACCUGAUCAAAAAACAAGAGUGCCAAUGCCCAGUGCUUUUUCUGAGACCCGAGUACAUGCACUAAAGCUUUGCUUACAGUGGAAUGAUUCUUGUCUUAAAUCUGUAUCCGAUUCAGGUGAAAAUCACUUCCUGCUUCUGAACAGGACAUGAGGGUGAAAGCUGUGACCCUGCAGCACACACCCCUGGUGAUCCAUGCUGGUUGAUUGAGACACUCUGUGUUUUACACAGAGUGCUCUAGUAGGAAGCCUAAUGCCCAUUUCAUUCAUUUUCUCAUUACCACAGCCUUCUGUAUCUCAGAGAAAUAUGGGCUACUAUUGGUUUUAUACAGCUGAUGCUUUGGUAUUUUCUUAAUCUCUUUGCUACAACUCAUUUUUGUACGUCUCCUAUUGUCUACUUCCUGUGAGAUAUGUGGGAGAGGAGUAUUAAAUACUUUUUACCCUUCUAGUAAUGUGGACCCUCUUAGGCCUAACUUCAGUGUUCUGCAAACUACAGUUGCCUUUAAACCAUGAAGCAAAACCAGUUUGUAUUAUUUGUUUUGACUGGUUUUGAUUUGGAACAGAGACCUAAUGGGAACUUCAGUAAGACAUUAUUCUUUUUUUCCCUUUUCUUUUAAAAAGCUCUAGUGGAGGUUUGCAAAGGUGAUGUACAUGUACCGCCUUUACACUGUAAAGAUUUCUGAUUGUAGUUGCAAUGAAAACACAGUGUUUGAGUGUGUCUCUACAGACUUCUCUAUCUUUGAAAUUGCUUUCAAUUAAAAAACUGGAGGAAAUACCAUGAAAGGAUGUUUUGGAGUCAUGUCAAUGGUCACAUGUGUCAGACAAAAGGCAAAAAAUAUUGUCUUACAUGACUUAAAAGAGGUGCAACAAAACACAUUUUCUGGCUUCUGCUGAGCUUCAGCUUUUUGCUGUUCUGGGGUUUACCUUUACACAAGCUCUCAUACCAUACUGUGCAUGUCGACUGCUGCAAGUCAGGGUGAGGCAAAUGACACAUUUUCACCUGUGUUUUCAUGAAAAUCCUGUGCUUGAGCAACUCUUUCAGAAAUGUGGUGAUGUGUAGGAACUCUACUGUUCUGGAUACAGUGAUGCACUAGCUAGAAGUCCUUUCAUGUAUAGCUAUUGUGUGGAACUUUGGGAGUUAUUUUGUCUUUUAUUUGACUGGGUUUGGGGUUUUUUCUAAUAUGGAGAAUAAUUAUUCCUCAUAAAAUCUCUGGAACCAACCAGUAUUGUGGGCUAUUUUAAUUUGGAGACAGUUUCAUAAUAAACAUAAGUAUUAGAAAUGUA